CAGGAAUGGAUGAGUUCCAUAAAUUCUUGGAGGGCACUGCUGGAAUCCAUCUCUACAAUUUCUGGCUGGACUGUGAGCUGAUCAACGAGUGGAUGGCAAAUACUGACAGAAACGGCCGCUUUCUCGAUGUCCAGUGCAGCCCAGGCCAGCUUCUCAGUGACAGCCAAAAAAAGUGCAGAUGGAGCAUUGGACGAGAACACCAGGAGCAGAUAUGGCAUGCCCAAGGGGGUGAAGUGAUGGCCGGUGUGUUUCGCCAAGUGCAGUAUGAUGUCCUGAGGCGCCUGCGCUUCUACUGGGUUACACGGUUCCUGGUCCACAAGAAGAGAGUCGGACUUGGCAGGGCAAGGCCUUCUUCCAGACAAAGCCUGAGGGUCUCUCCACCGAUUACUGCCCACCUGUUCCUGUCAGGCCAGUUGUCAGAGAGACCAGAGGAGGGUCCUGAAGAUAUCUCAAAUACAUGCAAGGUCUGGCAGUCAGCAGCAGGGUGAAGAGCUUCCAACAGGAUAAUUAAGGCACCAUUUUAUAUCACAGGUGGCUUGUGGCAGGAGGCGAUGCCACAGUGUCACUCUACAUGACAUGACUACCUUGUUUAACGUUGCCAUGCCUCAUGGGUCAGUGUUGAGAAAACCUCAACCGUGGAUUGCUUGGCUGUGUGCUCUGAGGAACAACAUCUGCAGUAGACAGCCUGGAGCAAAUCCAUGGCAGUGGAGGGUAUCCAUUCAUUUGAAUGGUGACCCUGAAAAUGAGGAAUGUGCUCCGUCUGGCAGCCAUCGGGAAGCAGCACAUGUUGGAAGAUGUCACUGGGAGAUGUUUCAUGGUUUAAUGAUCAGAGAUUUGUGAGUUAAAGGUUAGGAGGUGAGCCGGAUGACCACUGGUGUGACAGGUAGAACAUGGAUGUGACAUUGAGGCUGUUAAUUAUUGAGGAGUGUAAUGGUGCUGGAAGGCACACAGACCAAGUGCCAUCUGUGUUAACUGCCUUUCUGAGCAGCACCUUGUGUGGCCACACACUUUGUAAGGAAUAUAAAAGUGGAAAAGACGCAGUGUUUGCAUUUGCUGGGCCACUGGUCAUCUGGCGUGCCUCAGGCUUCCUCUGCUCUGAUCUUGAGUUGUUGGGAUCACAGCCCAGCUUUGUAAUUGAACAUAUUUAACUGUAAAUGACAGCACACUUCACAUGUGUGUCCAAACGCUUGAAGCUUCCCGCCUGCUUCUCAUUGUCCAUUCCCAGUUUACACCAAGAGCUUAUAGAGAACCGGCCUGAUAUUAAGACCUCUAACAAGAACGAUGCCCUCAUUCCUUACAAGAGUGUUAAUGCAAGUCCUCAUCAACACACGUCAUUGGUUCUAAAUUUAAUAUUUUCUGUUUCAUCCCAGGAACCGACUUCAAAAAGAACAUGCAAGUCAUUUUCUCCUGGGACGUCAUUCUUUCUUUCCACCUCGUGACAGACAAGCUGUUGACUGGAAUUCAGUGCGAUAAGGAGGCUGGCGGCACAUUCCUAUACUACUUGUCAAGGUUUGAUGAGCCGCAAGCGGUCCACUGUCUUCUGCUGUGGCAGGAGCUGCUCAGCCUCGGUGAGGUCAAACUGCUACCAUUGGCCACUGCAUGGAGGCUCUUUGGCAAGUACCUGUCAGCCACAGCACCCUGCAGCAUUGGGAUUUACACUGAGAGUCCUUCAUAUGUCCAUGCCGUUCACCAGACGCUCACGUCAGGCCGAGGGUUUGUGGAGGUGACUUUACUGAACCCUGCGCUCGCUACGCCUUGGAGACCCUCAGGGAGGCCUGGAUCAGCUAUCUUCACUCAGACAUCGUGUCCUUUGUUGAACACUGCAUUCCAUCAUCUGCCUUUCAAUCCCCUAAGUCUCCAAGUGCAGCAAAUCCAAAUGAAGCACUGCCAAGAUUAAGAUGUAAACCUUGGAAGAGCAUGGGCUUGGACAAGAAGAGGACAAAUGCAAAAAGAGUUCAUUUUGAGCUGCAGGCCCAACACCCAAGCAGAGGUCCCCCGGAUGGACACUCACGUGAUCCCCCCAGCCUUUCUGAGCUUCAUGAGAUCAAGUCGAUUUUCAAUGCCUACAAGCGGAUCGUUGAAGAAACCGAGUCGGCUGAAGUGCGAAAGACCCUCGAGCUGUGGCAGGAACUCGUAACGUUACCCAGAGGGGGGCGUGACAGGACAUACCUGAAUGUGAUGAAGAGACUGCUGAAGGAAAGAGUGUGCGAUGAAGGCCAGGAACAGGCAGGUUCUUUACCAAAACAUCUGCGAAAGCAAGUUCUGGAAGAGGUUCAGAGCGGAUGUGUAAAGGCAGCCACGGUGGACCACAUCCAAGGAUUCCUGGGCUCCCUUUUAAAAGACUCUGUCAGAUCAUUUUGGUGCAGCCUGUUAGCGGAGCUGAGACAGUCUGAACUCGACCCCUCACAGCUGACCUCUCAGAAUCUGUCGUUAGUGGAACCCCUAGUCUUGAAACUUGCCUCCAAAGUCAUCGUGAAAUGUGUCAAAAGUAACAAAGCUAGGGGGGCUGCAGGAAGGUAUGCACAGCCCACACAAGACAACAUGAUGUCUCUGGUCCAGGCUUUGGAUUCGGCUUCCGAGGGUUGGCCGACCACAAAGGUCCUUCACUUCUAUCGAUAUUUACAGACCCACGGCCCCUCGGAGGGAUGCCCUUUGCUGGAGAAUAACCUUCUUUUCUACUUGGAAGUGCAAAAGUUCAAGCGAGCGCAUCAUGAAAACCCUGAUGAGGGCCUGCUGAAGAAGAAAGUCCACAUCCUGCUUGACUGCUUCCUGACAUCCCAGUUAUAUCCGUCAUUACAGAUUGCGAUAAAUGAGGACAUUUAUGCAAAAACCUUGCAAGAAGCACAGCAGUACCUGAGUGGCCUGCAAACAAGUCCUAGCGUAUUUGACGACGCACAAAACCACAUUUCAGUCCUGCUGCUUCCACACUGGAUCAAAUUUCUACGGGUCUGGGAAAAAUUAUCAGCCAGGAGUUCCUCUAAGCCACCCGAACAAAGAAUCCAGCAAUUGCUGAAGAAGAGAAUGGCCCUGCACCUGAACAGUGGGCAACCUCAGAAGACCUUUCACCUGCCGCUGAUCUGCCAAGCAAGAGAAGACAAACAGGGCAAGGCUGGGGUCACAUACAAUUUCUCUAUCAGUCAAGGGAUAAGAAUUAAGAGACAAACCAGAGACCUCAGCAUGUCCAGUGACUUUAGCAGCCCAUCACCAACUGAAGAUACAUUAGUGAUGUUUCCACCAAUCGGGUCAAAAACACAAACAUCAUCCUUAGACAUUUAACUAACCACGAUUUGAUAAAUCAGUUUUCUGUUUCCAGGUUUCAAUCAGAAGACAGGAGUUGCUUCUUAUUCAAUGGCUGGGAAGACAGAAAACUGAGAGACAGUGCAGCAUUCCACGACUUGACUAAGAGGCUCUGCUCUGAAUUGUGUCACUUACAAUCAUUUCAAAAAAGAUCACAACUGCUGCUUUCAUCAGGACCACAAUGGCCACUUUAUUCCCAUUCCUAUUUUCUAAAAGGGGUAAAGCAAAACUGAACAAACUCUGGGGUAAGGCAUCCCUAACAACAACCCCUUUCAUCUUUUGCUACAAGCUGCUCAUCUAUGACAAACUGAGUGUAACUAAAUGUAGAGAAAGUGCUUCAUGUAAACUGGUUUCUCAUUUUAUGGUAUGCUACAGGCCAGCAGUCAUUAAAAUGAGCUUUACGUCUUUUUUCCAGGAAAUGACGCCUCCAUGACA